AUGAAUGUCUUGGUGAAUAACGGAUCAAGUGUAGGCGCUUAUACACUUGAUCUGGUUACGCCCCCGAAGUCAGCUUCGGAGGUAGUCAAGUUGCCAAGGGUAGAAUCUAAAAGAUUCUUGCGAGAUCUGCGUAGUGACAAGAUCAAGCAGAUCUGUGUACUUGUCACAGAGGACGAGUACGUCGCCGAUAUUCGGUCGGCACAAGUGUUUGCUAAGAACGAACGGGUUCUCAGUAUCUCAUCUAUGGACGAGAGUACCCUCGAUGAGAAGACUCGGAUCGAGCGAUACACGUCUCAAUCUUGGAGUAUCUGA